AUGCUAAUUUUUUUUUUCUACACCCAAAACUUGGCAGCCGUUCUAUCCGACCCUAAGAGAACCAGAUCUGAAGUUUCUGCUUUUUUCACACGUCAUUGGGGAGAACAAUUUAUACCUAGAAAAACUAUCCCUCCGGCACAAACAAUUCCGUCAAUUUCUUUGGAACAUUUUCGGCAAUAUUUGGCAACUACAGCAAAGAAACAUAAACAAUAUUUGAAGGCGAGAAGGGCACUUAGACAAAAACAAACACAACAAAAUGGGGAAGAAGAACGGAUAUCGAGGGAUGAAGUGGCUGAUAUUUUCUUUUCUCCAACAUUUUCUCGCCAUACACAACAUACUUUUGAGGCUGUUUUUCUUGAACCUAAACCUGGAGAAAUUGAUAACCUUUUUUCUCCAAUAGAAAAAAGAAAGGAAGCUUUAAGACAACAACAAAAUCAAAAUCCGUUUAUUGAAAGGCAUGAAAGUUGUGGAUCUCUUUAUUCUAUUCAAAGUGGGCAACAACAACAAUCAUUAUUACCAAUAGAAGCAAGUAAUGGCCGUUUUUUCCGUGCUUGUUUACGUUUACAAAAUAAAUUGGAAUUUUUUGAUGAUGCAAUAAGUACUUUAUUAAAUCAACAAUUAGAAAAUAGAAGUGAACAGUUUUGGAAAAGUGUAAAUUCUUAUGAAGCUUUGCAUGACGAUUUGGAAGAAUCUAUUGAAAGAAUUAAAAUUGCUAGACAAAAGCUUGCCAAAACAAAAUUAGAGUUGUGUUCACGCUCCCAAAAUUUGCUUCAACUUUAUUAUGCCAAAAUUAAUAGACAACGUCUUUUUGAUAAAUUACAGGAAAUUGCUUGUCUUCGAGAUGCCCAAUUAACCGUUCAAAUGCUUCUAAAUCAGGAUGAUGUUCCUAGGGCACUUGAAUGUAUACAAACUGCUAUGGAAGUUUUGAGUGCAGAUUUACGUGCUGUCAACUGUUUCCGUCAUUUAGGCUCACAAUUGGAAGAAACUAAAAAAAUGAUUGGCAAAAUGUUGUUGGAGGAAUUUGAACAGGUUAUUCAAAAAGAAUUUGCUUGGCCUAUAGUAGAAGAACAAAAACGAAAACAAUUUUUUGAUGAAGAAGAAGAGGAUGGAGAGAUUUCUAAUCUUUACCCAAUUAUUUUUUCUUUGGUUCGUUGUCAUGAAUUUCGUUUUUUGGCUAUUUUACGAGAAGAAAUCAAUGCAACAGUUAAAAAUUCUACAAAACAGAUUGUAAAAGCCCAAAUUUUGACCCAUUUGGAUGCUGACACAAUAGGCUAUAAUCCAACUACUUUGUCUGAGCAUAUUUGUAAAUUGACUAGUUCACAAUGGGAUGCAACUUUGUUAGCUGUUGUUAAUUGUUUAAUUAUUUUGUGUACUAAAAUAAAGUCAAUCCAACAAUUAAUAAUUAAAUGUGCUGAUCAAGCAGCUUUAGAAGAAUCGGAACAAUUACAAAAACAACAACAACAAAAAAGUAGAAGUGAUUCAAUGAAUAAAUCAUCAGCACAAAAUUCUGGAACUUCAACACCUUCAAAUGGAAAUUCUGUUGGUUCUUCUUCUGUGCCUUUAGACAAAUCAACAACAACAAAUUUACCACCACUACCCCCAGGAACACCUGGAGCUCUUUUAUCAUUACCCUGUCAUAAUAUAAAUCAACUACGUGCUGCUUCAAUUCAAUUAAUUGGACAUGCUAUUUAUUUAUGUGAAGAAAGAAUUUCUAAAAGGAUACAGUCUAGAUUUAAGGAUAAUGUAUUAGAAAAAUGUUUACCAUUAGAAUUUCACAAAACCUGCCAAAUUAUUGAAGAAUUUAAACAAAAAUGUAAACAAAUAGAUGAAUGUGGACAACAACAACAAUCACGUUCACAUUGUCAAACAAUUAUACAACAAAUUACCAAUAAAUUCAUUUCUAAAUUUACUGAAGCACGACAACGUGAAUUAAGUGCAACAAUUGAUGCAGAACAUUGGAAACCAGCUCAUAUAAAUUCUAAUAUUCAACGAAUUGUUGAUUGUUAUGUUCAAGAUGGAAUACUUACGACUGAUACGAAUAAUAAAAUGGUAAAUGGUCAAGAAAAUGAAGAACCAAAAGAAAUGUUAAAAUUAAAAGACGAAGAGUUUAUUGUUAUUGCAAGCGCCUUGUUGUUAAUAAAUAUAUUAGCUAGCUAUAGCGAUCUUCUUCGUUUAUUUCCUACUGCUGGCAUGGAAUUAAGUAUGGAUGUUGUUCAAUGUCUCAAACUUUUUAAUAGCCGUACUUGUCAACUUAUUUUGGGGGCUGGUGCAAGACAAUUGGUUGGGUUAAAGUCGAUUAAUGUUAAACAUUUGGCAUUAGCCUCACGUUCACUUCAAUUAAUUGCACUAUUUAUCCCUACAUUAAAACAAUCUUUUGUGGAACAUUUACCUGUUGAACGACAAACAUCCCUACGACAUUUUGAUUCUACUGCAAGAGACUAUGCUGAUCAUAUUGGUGAAAUUAAAGACAAAUUGCUUGGAAUGAUGGAUAGGGAAUUGCUUGUUGCAUUAGAAGAGUGGAAACCGGAAGGCAAAUCACCUACACCACAAUUUCAACAAAUAGUUAUGCAAAUUGGUAAAUUCUACAGCAGUUAUUCUUCUAUAAUGCCACCAGAAUUAACUACCAAAAUGCUUCAUUUAAUACACGAAAACUUGAAACUUUAUUUUAAACAAAAUGUGCAUUCUAGAGGGGUUACUCCACACGAUUCUAUUGCUUAUGGGUAUUUAUUGUUCACUUAA